ACUGCUGAGUUGUCCCCCGAAAAAUACCGUUAGACAUUUAGUAGAGGACUACUCGGCGGAGGUAAGUGAGGAUACUGGCACCAACACCAACCCGACUGUGUACACGCAGGUCCCGGCGGGUGAUUAAAUAAAGCCCUCCUUCGUAAUCUAUUGCUGCUGGACGAGUGAAACUUGGCAGCAAGGCAUCUGUAAUCAGGAUUGUAGCUGCACGCUGAAGUUUAAGAACUUCAUCUGAAUCAUGGGGAACAUUUUUGGGAAUUUGCUGAAGAGCCUCAUAGGGAAGAAGGAGAUGAGGAUCUUGAUGGUGGGGCUGGAUGCUGCAGGAAAAACAACAAUCCUCUACAAGCUCAAACUGGGGGAAAUAGUCACCACUAUCCCAACCAUUGGGUUUAACGUGGAGACAGUUGAAUACAAGAACAUCAGCUUCACUGUGUGGGAUGUGGGUGGGCAGGACAAGAUCCGCCCCCUCUGGAGACACUACUUUCAGAACACACAGGGUCUAAUCUUUGUGGUGGACAGUAACGACAGAGAGCGUGUGAACGAAGCACGAGAGGAGCUGAUGAGGAUGCUGGCUGAGGAUGAACUGAGAGAUGCUGUCCUCCUUGUGUUUGCAAACAAACAGGACUUACCAAACGCCAUGAACGCUGCAGAGAUCACAGACAAGCUGGGCUUACACUCCCUGCGUCACCGUAACUGGUACAUCCAGGCCACCUGCGCCACCAGUGGCGACGGCCUCUAUGAGGGUCUUGAUUGGCUGGCCAAUCAACUGAAGAACAAGAAAUAAGAAGAAAACUGGAACAAGCAGCCAGCACCCGUCCAAGUUUUUAUUUGUUUUGGGAAUGGGGGGCAUGAGUUAGGUACAGGGGUUUUGAUCGAUAGGUGAAAAGCAAGAUUCUGGGUUUGGGGAGGAUUUUAGGCUUUUAUUUUCAGUCUGUUGAGAUUCUUAAUAGUUUUCAGUGCUUAUUAAAAUCAGAUUCUCAUGUACUUCAUAUUUAACCAAACACACACACACACACACACACAAAUGCACAUUAACCGUAAGCAAUCACAGCAGACACUUGCUUUUCCUGUGUCCACCUCUUGUCCUUAGGUGCAAUGUACUGUAUGUUUGUCUCUAGGUGCUGUACCAAGUCACGUGUGACUCCACUGAGUCAGCAAUGAGUCAGAUAGGACUUUUUGUUUAUGUAUGUCUUUCAGCUGUCAGUCAUCCAAACAAAGAACUGUUCUGUGUCCAUUGCACUUCCUGUUUUUCAUUUUCUUUU